AUGAUCUAUUUAAAAGAAAGUUUGGGUGGUGGUGAUCGAAGUGGACGUGGUGGUGAUCGAAGUGGACGUGGUGGUGAUCGAAGUGGACGUGGUGGUGAUCGAAUUUCAUUUAAAUGUAUACGUGAUAGAUCUGGUGGUGAUCGAAGUGGACGUGGUGGCGAUCGAAGUGGACGUGGUGGUGAUCGAAGUGAACGUGGUGGUGAUCGAAGUGGAUGUAGUGAUAAAGAUGAAAGUGCUGAUCGAAGUGAACGUGAUGAUCAAGUUGCAGUUGGCGAACCAGGAGGUGGUAUUUAUCGUGCAAGACUUCUUCUACCUGAGCAUGGUGUUCAUGGUGGAAAUAUGGUAUGGAAGGUGGAGAAGUGCAAACCCAUUAAAUCAAGCCGAGCAUUAUGUUAUGAAAUAAUAUCCAAAAUCAUUGAAAUUUAUUUUCAAAUUGGUCUUAGUAUUUACUGUAUUAUCAUCUCUGUAUAUAUUUUACGAUUUCAGUUAAACGACUUGAUUGUUGAUCAUAAUACAACAAUAACAAAUAGUUUAACAAGGGAUAAUCCAGUUGAAAUAAGACCAUUGUUGUUAUCAGCACGUUCUCUUACAUAUGAAACAUCACAAGAUUUAUCACAUGUACGUAUCGAUGAAAAUCAACCAACACAAGAUUUCAAACAAAUUCAUAGUGUUGAUUUAACAAAAAAUGUUAUUCUACUAUCAGAUAACUCAAAAUAUGGUUUAACCAGUCCAUCAUCAUCAACGAAAAAUGAAAUACCACCUUUAUUUUCAUUAUCAAGUCUGCUUAUGCAUGAUUCAUCACCAGAUCUAUCACGUAUACAUUUAAAUGAAACUCAAACAAGACAACAUUUGGAAGAAAUUCAUGGAGUUGGAUUACCAAAAAUUGUAAUCGUAUCAUCAAAUAAAUCAAAACAUGGUUCAAGUGGUUUAUCAUCAAUAACAAGUGAUAUACCACCAUUAUUAUUAUCAUCACGUCCUCUUCCAUCUGAUAUAUCACAAGAUUUAUCACAUGUACGUAUCAAUGAAAAUCAACCAACACAAGAUUUCAAACAAAUUCAUAAUGUUAUUACACCAUCAGAUAAAUCAAAAUAUGAUUUAACUAGUUCAUCACCAUCACGUCCUCCUGUACAUGAUACAUCACAAAAUUCAUCUAUUGAUCCAAAAGCAUCUGAUGCCAAAACUAUUCAAUAA